UCUGAUUAGUCUAUAUAAUGUGUGUGUGUGUAUAUAUCUGGGCAGCCCCCCACCCCCGCCCCGUGAUAAUAUAAAUCUCCCUCCAAGCAAGAUUCUUUUCCUUAUAUUAGAGGAAGAUUAGAUUAAAAGAUUUGAAUAAUCCAUGAGUUUGGUCUAUAAAUCCAUGAGAAUUUGAUAAUAUGCAUAUGCAUACACCCUAUUCCUCUCUCUAACAUCGAAUCUGCAGGGUAGAAAAUGAAAGAGAUGUGGACAACCAUGGCAUCCAUAAUGGGGGUGUGGGCCUUCGGGCAGAGCCUCCUCCACACGGUGUUCCCGCCGGAGCUCCGGUUCGCGUCCGUGAAGCUCUUCCACCGCCUCUUCAGCUACUUCUCCUCCUACUGCUACUACGACAUCACCGAGAUCGACGGCGUCAACACCAACGAGCUCUACAACGCCGUCCAGCUCUACCUGAGCUCCUCGGCGUCCAUCGCGGGCACCCGCCUGAGCCUGACGCGCGGCCUCAACUCCUCCUCCAUCACCUUCGGCCUCUCCAACAACGACCGCCUCAUCGACUCCUUCAAGGGCGCCACCGUGGAGUGGGAGCACGUCGUCACCCAGCGCCAGUCCCAGACCUUCUCCUGGCGCCCCCUCCCCGAGGAGAAGCGCGGCUUCACCCUCCGUGUCAGGAAAAAAAACAAACACCUCGUUCUCAACUCCUACCUCGACUUCGUCAUGGACAAAGCCAACGAGCUCCGCCGCAAGAACCAGGACCGCCUCCUCUACACCAACUCCCGCGGCGGCUCCUUGGACUCCCGCGGCCAUCCCUGGGAAUCCGUCCCCUUCAAGCACCCCAGCACCUUCGACACUUUGGCCAUGGAUCCCGCCAAGAAAGCUGAAAUCAUGGCUGAUCUAUUGGAUUUCGCCAAUGGGGAGGCCUUCUACCAGAAAACUGGCAGGGCUUGGAAGAGAGGCUACUUGCUCUACGGCCCGCCGGGAACCGGAAAAUCCAGCAUGAUCGCCGCCAUGGCCAAUUUCCUUGGCUACGACAUCUACGACCUCGAGUUAACGGAAGUUAACACCAACUCCGAGCUGCGGAAGCUCCUCAUGAAGACCAGUUCUAAGUCGAUUAUCGUUAUCGAGGACAUCGACUGCUCGAUUAAUCUCACCAACAGGAACAAGGCCGCCAGGAAGAAUAGCUACGAUGUGGCGUCGCCGCCCGGUGCAAACGGCGGCGACGACGGCCCCAACACCAUAACGCUCUCCGGUCUGCUGAAUUUCACCGACGGGCUGUGGUCGUGCUGCGGCAGCGAGAGGAUCUUCGUGUUCACGACGAAUCACAUCGAGAAGCUCGAUCCGGCAUUGCUGAGGAGCGGGAGAAUGGACAUGCACAUCCACAUGAGCUACUGCUCGUUUCCGGCGCUGAAGAUUCUGUUGAAGAAUUAUUUAGGAUACGAGGAGAGCGACCUGGAGAGGGAGGCGGUGGAGGAAUUCGCGGCGGUGAUCGACGCGGCGGAGAUGACGCCGGCGGAUAUCAGCGAGGUGCUGAUCAAGAACCGCCGCAACAAGAGCAAGGCCGUGGCGGAAUUGCUGGACGCUCUCAAAAUUAGGGCUGAGAAAAGUCGAUUGAGAAAAUUAGGGCUGAAAAUGGAGGGGAAUGUGGAAGACGAAGAGCAGGAGAAGAGGGCUCUGGACAGCCCGAAAGAGGGUCCCGAACAAUUGCAAGAAAAUUGCAAUAAAUGUGGGAAUGUUGCAGAUGUGGAUGAUGAUGAUGAUACCAAAAUGCAACAAAUUUGAGUAUUUUAGCAUUGGUAAGAAAGGAUGAAUUGUGAGACAAAUUCGGUGGCAUUAUUGUUUUUUUGCUGCUAUAAUGAAAGAUUGAUUUAGUUAGAACCAAAAA